AGAGGUGGGGCAGGGGGCAGGAAACAGUCUGAAGAGAAGUAGUAAGUACACGCUGCCGUACGCACUGGGAGUAAUGCUGAGACACUGCAUUGGAUCCAUGCUGCGGGAGCACAGCGUGUUGUAGUCCACAGGUGCUUUUGGUGUGCCUUUUUUCCUAAACAGGACCAGCUGUGUGAUUCCACAAAACAAAAAAGGCCACUUAAAUCGUUGGAAUGUUUCAAAACACACUAAGGAGUAAGAUCACUGGAUCAUUUUGGAUGUAGGAUAGUAAUUGAUUCUGGAUUGAUUCAUUUUUUUUUUUUUGGUCUUCAGGAAGACGUUUCAUUAGACUUUUUGGACUACUAUUGUUCACUUGUGGCUUUUCCUCAUGGACUAAAUGAAUCUUCAUGGACGAGUGAAGCCGGAGUGAGUCAGCCGCCAGCUCCUUACCUUUGGGGUGAAUCAGAAAGGGGCAGAGUGUUGAAAAAAGGGGGGAGGAGAGGAGGAAGCUACAGCUUGUCUCCUGUCUCUAGGGAGAGCUGCUUUCAGCCCAGUGUCUCUGCUAAGGAAUGCUGAAGGGAAGCGUUUAAACGCUUGCAACCACAUGCUGCCCUGAAAGCAAGCACAUGAAAGAGAUCUCUGUGUCCUGGCCAGCAAGAGUGUUUUGGUCAAAGACACUUUAAAGGAAUGCCUCAGGUUCCUUUUGCUUUGUGUCCAACCAACCAUUCAUUCUGGAUCCUGCAACAAGGGAAUUCCCCCACAGUAUAUCUGCUGUAUAAUUUCUACUGAAAACGAUACCAUUCUUUUGUGCAGGGAUGCACAACAUCACCUCGGAUGGACAGAUGGACAGUACAACUCUGCAGUGGGGCAUCAGGAAUGCCACAAACAUCUCAGACCUGAGCAUGUGCCCCAAGAAUGAUGGAUUUAAGUAUCCGCUCUACAGCACAGUGUUCAGCAUUGUGUUUGUGGUGGGACUCAUAAUGAAUGUUAUAGCUAUGUACAUCUUUUCCUGCACACUGAAAGUCCGUAAUGAAACCACCACAUACAUGAUGAACCUGGUGGUGUCAGACCUGCUGUUUGUUCUCACUCUACCAUUGCGGGUCUUUUAUUUUAUCCGACAGGACUGGCCUUUUGGUGGCGUGCUUUGCAAGCUGUCAGUCUCUCUGUUCUACACGAAUAUGUAUGGCAGCAUCCUUUUCCUCACUUGCAUCAGUGUGGACCGGUUCCUGGCCAUCGUUUACCCUCUCCGUUCACGGGAACUUCGAACCAAGCGCAAUGCAAAAAUAGUAUGUGUUGCAGUAUGGGUGCUGGUGCUCUCAGGGAGUCUGCCAACAGGCUUCUUGCUGGAUUCUACCCCCCGCCAAAAUAACUCCUCCGCUCAGUUCUGCUUUGAGAACUUCUCUUCCAAGCAGUGGAAGUCUCAUCUAUCCAAGGUGGUGAUUUUCAUAGAGACUGUGGGUUUCCUCAUACCACUGCUCCUCAACGUUUUCUGUUCUGCAAUGGUUCUUCAGACUCUGCGGAGGCCACUGACAGUCACUCGAGGUGGGAAGCAUAACAAGACGAAGAUCUUGCGAAUGAUAAUGGUGCACCUAUUUAUCUUCUGUUUCUGUUUUAUUCCUUAUAAUGUGAACCUUGUGUUUUACUCGCUGGUGCGCACAAAAAUGUUAAAAGGCUGUGCAGCUGAAACUGUGGUCAGGACCAUUUAUCCAAUUGCCUUGUGCAUAGCUGUAACCAACUGUUGCUUUGACCCGAUCGUGUAUUAUUUUACCUCAGAAACGAUACAAAAUUCCAUCAGAAGGAAGUCACAGAUGGGCACAAACUAUAGCAUGAAGUACUCUGAAGCGAUGCAAUCAGAGACCAGCUCCAGCUUUAAUUUCAGCCUGAGGAGUCUUAAAAACAAGAUGUUCUUCAAUCCAUUGCAAGAGUCUAUUGCAUGAGGAGACUUCGGGACUCUUAAUACUGGUGUAUAUUUGCUACAAAUAUCCGUUCGGUUAGUGUACAGUUAAGUGUUACUACAGUGUUUAGAAGAGUCUGUGUAAUUCUGUCUGAUCAGUAACAGGUGUUUUUUACAUCCUGCAAAAUAUGCAUGCAAUCAGUAUAGAAUGACAUGUAUAUAAAUAUCCAUCUAAAGUAAAGUAUUUAUCUCUGGAGAAAGAGCCUUUUUUUAAGAAAUGUAAUUAGAUUACUGUGAAUCACAAAAGCUAAGAUCAUUUGGAACACAGACCUGAAUGCACUUAAGUAAAUGCAAAUAAUAAAGUAUUGUACCAGGACAUUGUAAUAGUAUUAAAAAUUAGUCCAUACCUGAAAGUCCCAGUCUGAAACUAGCAGGACAGAUUUGUGGAUUGUUGUUGCUGAUACAGUCAUUACAGAUUGUGGUUUUGAAUGUUUUUGUGUUUUGUGGCUUUUUUUGUAUAGAAAUAUUAAGCAUAAAAUCUUAAUAUACUGAUGUGUCAUAGCAUUAAGUUUUUUGUGGGCUUUGCUUUAUUUUUAAUAUUUUUUAUUUUUUUAAGCACUUUAUGCUACAGAGGUGUGCAUUGGCAUUAGCACGUUCUUCUGCACUGUUCUCCAACAACCCCCCCCCCACCUGUUUUGCUUUUUUAAUAAAAAUCAUUUAAAC